CUACAAGGAAAGUCAACCCCUCUCAAUUCCCUCCAGUAGAGUACAGCCUCCUCCAGCCCUGUGAAGGGCUUGACACACACACAGCUCCGGUCUGCUGGCAGAAAGAAACUGGAGUUGAGGGAAAGGGGGGGGAAGAAGGGAAUUUAAAGGCGGCGGGAGGAACAACUUGGUUGAAGAAGAAAGUCUGCCUCAGGUUGUGAUACCCAGGACCACAUUCUGACCCAAAGCCUUGCAGCUGCCAUGAUGGAACAACUUCUCCUGUUGAUGCCGCUCCUGGGACUGGUGAGCAGCAACCUUCCCUUUGUGCAGAGAGGCUUCUGGGACUUCUCCAUGGAUGACCCCAAUGUCCAAGAAGAGGAAGAGGCUUCAGGGAUUUUCCCCGUUUCGAGCGGGGCUGAGUCUGAAGAAAUCAUCCCCUUCUACCCAGGCCUCUGUCCAUUCGGCUGCCAUUGCCAACUAAGGGUGGUGCAAUGUUCAGACUUGGGUCUCAAAUCAGUGCCUAAGGAGAUCUCACCAGACACCACAUUGCUGGAUCUACAGAACAACCAGAUUACUGAACUGCGCAAAGAUGACUUUAAGGGGCUGCAUCACUUAUAUGCCCUGGUACUGGUGAACAAUAAGAUCUCCAAGAUCCAUCCAAAGGCCUUCAGUCCCCUCCACAAGCUGCAGAAACUCUACAUCUCCAAGAACAACCUGGUAGAGAUACCUGUCAACCUGCCCAAGUCCUUAGUGGAACUCCGCAUCCAUGAUAACAAAAUCAAGAAGAUUUCCAAGGCUGUUUUCAAUGGGCUGAACAACAUGAAUUGCAUUGAGAUGGGUGGAAACCCCCUGGAGAACAGUGGAUUUGAACCUGGUGCUUUUGAUGGCCUAAAGCUGAACUAUUUGAGGAUCUCAGAAGCUAAGCUCACUGGUAUACCCAAAGAUCUGCCUGAAACACUAAAUGAGCUACAUCUGGACCACAACAAGAUCCAGGCAAUUGAAUUAGAGGAUAUGAUCCGCUACCCCAAAGUCUACAGGCUGGGGCUGGGGCACAACAACAUCCGGAUGAUUGAGAAUGGCAGCCUGGCUUUUCUGCCUAUCUUACGCGAGUUGCACUUGGAUAACAACAAGCUGUCCCGGGUCCCUCCAGGACUGCCUGACCUCAAGUUUUUGCAGGUUGUGUACCUUCACUCCAACAACAUUACUCAUGUCGGCGUCAAUGACUUCUGUCCCAUUGGCUUUGGGGUAAAGCGUGCCUCAUACCACGGCAUCAGUCUCUUUGCCAAUCCCGUACCCUACUGGGAGGUUCAACCAGCCACCUUCCGCUGCGCCACUGACCGCCUGGCUAUCCAGUUUGGCAACUACAAAAAAUAAAUAAAAAGAGA